AUGUCUGCCCCCAAGUCUAGCCGCGCAUGGAUCCUGUCCAACCCUCCCACCGACAUGCCUGAUGACAGCACCUUCAAGCUUGUCGAGCAGGACCUGAACGAGCUCAAGGAUGGUGAGGUUUUGGUCAAGACCACUUACCUCUCCAACGACCCAGCUCAGCGUGGUUGGAUCCAGAAGGGUGUCAUUGCUGAGCGCAUGUACUUCCCUCCCGUCGAGCUCAAUGCACCCAUGUCCUCCUUCGGUAUCGCCACAGUCAUCGAGUCCAAGGCCGCCGACUUCCCCAAGGGCUCGCUCGUCAACUGCCUGACCAACUGGCGCGAAUACGCUGUCAUUGACACCACCCUCGGUGCUCCCUACGUCAGCAAGGUCGAGGCCAUCCCUGGUAUCAAGGAGACCCACUUCCUCGGCGCCCUCGGUCUGACCGGUGUCACUGCCUACCACGGUCUCGAGAACGUCAACACCACCAAGGACGACGUUGUCGUUGUCUCUGGUGCUGCCGGUGCCACUGGCAGCAUGGUCGUCCAGAUCGCCAAGAAGAUUAUUGGCUGCAAGCGCGUCAUUGGUAUCGCCGGCACUGCAGACAAGUGCAAGUGGGUUGAGAGCCUGGGCGCCGAUGUCUGCAUCAACUACAAGGAUGCCGACUUCAAGGAGCAACUGAUCAAGCACACCGAAGGCUACGUUGAUGUCUACUUCGAUAACGUUGGUGGUGAGAUCCUCGAUUUGAUGUUCACCCGCGUCAAGCGAUUCGGUCGCAUUUCCGUCUGUGGUUCGAUCUCAGAGUACAACGACAGCAACCCCCGUGGCUUCAAAAACUGGUUCGAGGUCAUUGCCAACCGUCUCACCAUCAAGGGCUUGAUCGUCCUUGACGCCGGUGCUCGUUGGCCUGAGAUGAUCAAGGAGCUCUGUGAUGCUGCUGUCUCCGGCAAGAUCCAAGUCGGCGAUGCCAACGAGACCAUCGUUCCCACUGCCUUUGAAGAUAUCCCCAAGACUUGGCUCAGACUGUUCUCUGGUGCCAACACUGGCAAGCUUGUCACCCACAUCGUCUAA